UGCCACACGAGCUUUCAGGAGUUGACAGAGGUUCUUUUCACCAAGCGAGCAGUCAAAGUGCAGUUCUACCACCUCGGAGUGUUCUGUCAGCAGCUUCUCUUAAUGUUCGUUGUGCUUGGAGAAUGGGAAGUGCUUUCUCAAAACCAAAAGCAGUUCCAGUUACACCAGAACCCAUUUCCACUACUGUCACUGUACAUGCCACUGUAUAUACCUCUACGACUGACUUAGAACCUUCAGAAGUCAGAUGCUGGAUUGAUAACCGUGAAAUACUCUACAUAUUGCUAGCCUUUAUCUCUGGCAUCCUGUCAACUGUCCUGAUUUUUGCAAUCAUCUACCUCUUCAGAAAAAAGUGUAAAAGAUCCCACCAGAACUUACAGGAGCGAGUCCCCUCCCUGACAGGGACUGAGGAAUCCGCUGAGAACAUCCAGAAUGAGGUUGCCUACACCACUCUGGUCUUCCAGCGGAGUCAGACACCAGUGGCUGUGUCAUGAUGAAGUUUCUGGUGAAAUGAAGACGCUUGCACUUGUCUGAACAUCAGACGCUACCAGAACGUUACGUCAAGGCCUGUAGUACCCUGAGAAAUGCCAGCACUGCCGUAUGUAACAUCAGCUCAUUUUAUAGUUAUAAGGGGAGACUAAUGCCUCCGAUGUCAAACUGUUUGCCAACAGUUUUGGACAAAUUGCUUUUUAUACCAAAUUUCCUCAUCUGUGGAAACCUCACUGCACUUGUAAAGUUUCCAUUUGUGUGUUUGCCGUUGCUUUAACUAAAGAGAAUUUAAAAAUGGAAACGUUACUCUGUGCCUAUUCAUGUCUGUACCCUUAUGUUUUCCUUUUCUGUCACUGACUAUAGCAUUUUCAUUGGUUUUUGAUUGCCAAACACUCUGAUUAGUUAUUUUCUGCUUAUUGAAGUUACGAUAAUGGAAUGUUUGUAUGCAAAUGUCUGCUUCCUGAUUGGGUCAUAUAAAAGAAAUGCACAGUAACAGUGUGACAG